UGCAAAUCUUCAUGGAAGAUCGCAGAUAUACAAAAACCAUUCGUCCUUUGUUAUCAACUACACCAUGAACUUAGCAUUGUUCCUGUUUCUUUGUUGCGCUAUUCUUGCCAUGCGCGGCUUUGUUUUCUGUGAUGCGUCUUCCGUAUCUCUACCAGGGGAAGAUAGUCCAAGGCUCGUCAACUACAGCAUGGAGUUUGUUGAAGUAAUCAACGAGAACAACAAAAUGAACGUUAAGUUUGAGAACAGCCCUGGGGACGGGUCGCUGGAAGGUCGUUUCGAAAUCUUCGUUCCGGAUCAAUCACAAUCAACAAGAACAAUCAGCGACAUCAAUAAAUCUUGCUACAGCGAUGGAGGCAAACUGUAUAUUGGUCCGGGUAUCUCCAUAUUCGAAUCUUCUAUUGGUGAAUCACAGUCUACCUUCUCAUUUGCUUUUGACAAAAAUGUCAAUGAAAAGCUUCCCUUCUACUAUCGUGUAUCUAGCGACAAGGCCAAAUUCCAAGUCUGCGUGAAGUUCACGAUGUCAAAAAUAGUCAAUGACAGGAAAACAGACAUCUUGUUUCGUGAAGUUGCCAUAUCUGUUGAUGUUCAUCUUGAUGGGCUUAUUGUUAGCUCGCAACCAAGAGGCGAAUCUAGCGCCCAAGCGACGGCGCAGAUGGCACAGAGCAAAACAGUCUCCGUAGAACCAAUUCCCAUUCAGGCUAGCGUUUGUGAUGGCUAUAGCGAUGCUACCAUCGCGGGCGACGUUGUACCGCUAUGUCUUUAUUCGACGAACCCAGACAGCCGUAUUCUUUCGGUGCUAGAUGUCGAGAUAUUCAAUGACAAUCAAACGCAAAUAUUUGCGCAAGACGGAUCCACAUCUGCCAGAAGAGAGGCUCUGAAUUCUUCUUUGGCUAUCACAACUAGCAAAGUUCAUUCGAAAAGCUAUGCUCUUUGCCCUGAAGGGCCCUGCGUGCACCUCGACUUUGACGUUUUGCGAUUCUUCCCUUCGCCUUAUGGUUCCACUUUCUUGUUGAUAGGCAUAGUGAUAUUUUCUGUGGAAAGAGGCAGUCGCUCGGCCGGCGCUCUCGUACCUCAAGAGAGCCACAGUAAUCUACUUAGGCAGGGAGCUAUUCGUGAGGACAAGAGUGAUUUGCUCAACCGGAAAGUAUAUCAGUACUUUGAAACUUCCUUUGAUAUACCUUCGCUUGCUGUGCUGGGAGCACGAAACAGCAAAACCUCGGCGAGCUUCACGUCUGACACAUCCGCAGCCGUGCGGGUAGGAGCAAACCUGUUAUCUCUUGUCUUGACAGUGGUGGCCGGUCUUGCAAUAUUCAUGGUGUAGAUAUGGCUCCAACCCAUUUUUUCGAAGACAUGCUUGAAGUCAUUCUAAUUGACUGUGAAUGGCACUCACAAAUGUAGCGUACCUAACAUUUACUAUAAGGUCCAGUCCAGC